GACAAGCACAGCUGCUCCUCUCCCUGGGGUUUGGGGGCUGGUGGGUCAUCUCAUAGUGACCCCCCCUCCCUACGGCAAUGGCUCGCAUGAACCGGCCCGCCCCCGUGGAGGUCAGCUACAAGAACAUGCGAUUCCUAAUCACCCACAACCCUACCAACGCCACCCUCGGCACCUUCAUCCAGGACCUGAAGAAGUACGGGGCCACCACCGUGGUACGUGUGUGUGAGGUGACCUACGACAAGACCCCCCUGGAGAAGGACGGCAUCACUGUGGUGGACUGGCCCUUUGACGACGGAGCACCCCCGCCUGGGAGGAUUGUGGAGGACUGGCUGAGCCUGCUGCAGGCCACGUUCUGUGAGGAGCCUGGCAGCUGUGUGGCGGUGCACUGCGUGGCAGGCCUGGGACGGGCCCCCGUGCUGGUGGCGCUGGCCCUGCUGGAGGGCGGCAUGAAGUACGAGGACGCAGUCCAGUUCAUCAGACAGAAGCGGCGGGGUGCCAUCAACAGCAAACAGCUCACCUACCUGGAGAAGUACCGGCCCCGACAAAGGCUGCGGUUCAGGGCACCACACGGCCACCGGGUCAGGUGCUGCCUCAUGUAGCGCAGGCUGCCUGCACAGGAGCCCUGGCACCCUGCCCCACCAGCUCCCCCACCCCUCUGCCCGGGUCCCGAGCCCUGUGCUCUCCAUCUGACUGCCUGUGCCAGCCUGCCCCUUGUCGCCCAUGUUCCCCACUCCUUUGCCCCUGCGUUCUCUGUACCCCGUCCCCACCUCUUUGACCUUUGUCUGUCUGUGCCCCUCCUCUCUCUGUCACAACUUUGUCCCUUAAGCAGUGAGAUCUCAUGUCCCCGGGUGGCCCUCCCUGGAGCCUGCUAAUGGGGCUGUGUAUUAAUCCUGGGGCAGCAGCAGCUGCCGGCCUCACCUGUUUGAAGCACCUCACACUGUGGUGCUCCUGAGCCCUGAGCAAUAAAGAGGCGGCUGUGGCUGUGUGUGCAGAA